AUGGAUGGUGUUAAUUUAAGAGAUAUGGAUCCAGGUAACUUGACACUUCUUCACAUUUCUUCACAUAUUUCACCAAUUCCAUAUUUUGCCAAUAAGGCUAAAAACCCUUGUUUUGCCACCAGGCUUGUUGACAAAAUGAGAGUUUUUAGCCUUAUUGGCAAAAUAUGUUAUUGGCGAAAUGUUCAGGAACCCGUUCUCUUUGAUGGAACAAUUGCAGACAACAUUAGAUACGGACUUUUGGGGGCUUCCCAAGGCGAUGUGAAUGACGCAGCUAGACGGGCAGAAAGUUGGUCAUUUAUUAGUGCUCUCCCAGAUGGAAUGCGAACUCGAGUAGGUGAUCGUGGAGUUCAACUAAGUGGUGGACAGAAGCAAAGAGUGGCUAUUUGUCGAGCUGUUAUUCGUAAUCCUUCUUUAAUGAUUUUUGAUGAAGCUACUUCCGCGUUGGAUACAAAACAUGAAGGAGAGGUUCAAAAGGCUAUUGAUGCAGCGAUUAGAGGUGUUAGUACAAUUACUAUUGCACACAGAUUGAGCACAAUAAGGAAGGCUGAUCGCAUUAUAGUGCUGGACGAAGGAAGAAUAGUUGAACAAGGCAGUCCUCAAGAUCCUAACGGCCAAUUUACUCGAAUGUUUCUUGAUCAAAAAUUGGCUACAUUGGUAGAACCUAAAAGGCCUCCUCCUCCCGCUCAGGAUCGCUUGACUGAAUUAAAAUCGAUUACCGGAACCAGAAGGGAUUCAACUUUAGGAGGAAAGUUUAGUAUUGGACCUGCUGACCAGCCUGGAUUUAUGGACUCGUUGUUGGCUAAACGCCAGGCUUGGACUCGAUCUUCAGUUGGAGCAAACAAAAAAAUGAGUAUUGGAAAAUCCUAUUCAGUUUUGAGCAUGGAUCGAGAAAAAUUAAAAGCUUUGCCAGUUCUGUCCAAGAAAAGGUCAAUGCUUCGUUCUAAACCAAACGUUAUGGAAGUUGCUCCGGAGGUUGAGGAAGAAGUUAAAAGUUAUACGGAAGAGGAUUUUUCGUUGCCUGGAAAACACACAAAUUUGAGAGCAGUUUGGCGCCUAAUUCGUGAUUUUAAAGGAGGGCAUGUUCACUUGGCGUUGGCUAUUCCUAUUACAGUUUUGAGGGGAGCGCUGUUUUUAUUAGUCUGUUUUGAGGUUGCCUCACUUCUUGAGAUUUCUAUAGUCCCCGCAGAACAACUUUCUGAAAAAGUUUUUAUUGUUGCCUGUAUUUACGUUGCGAUUAUUAUUGUCAAAACAAUGUUCGAAGCUGUUGGGAGGCUCUCCGUUGCUCUUUAUGGCCAUGGCUUUUGUACUCAUAUGCGUCUUCAAAUGUUCAGACAACUAUUGCGCCAUGGAGUUGCUUAUUUUGAUGAAGAUAAGAAUACUCCUGGUCGACUUGUUCACAGAUUAAUUUCAGACACUGCAAGUUUAAACAGGAUUCUCGGUUCAAAAUUGGAUAUGUUAUUACCUUCACUUGUUUGUGCUUUUGUUUCUAUAACUAUUGCAUUGUUUUUAAAUUGGAAGUUAGCCUUACUCUGUGGUUUUCAAUUCCCAGCAUUCUUUUUUGUACGUAUUGUGGAAGUGCGUGAAACUAGUAAACGACAACGACAAAUGGCUGAAGAGGAGAAAAAGGCUGCCACAUAUACAAGUAUAUUCCUCACCAACAUGCCAACAAUCAAAGCUUAUUCUCUCCAAUCACACUUUCAUCGAAUUUUUUGUGAUGCCCUCAGACCUCUUAAAAAAUCUAUGAGACGUCAAUCAAUCGUUUCAGCUUUUGUUUUUGCUUGUCAAUUUUCUUUUACUUAUAUUCUUUGGUUUGAUUCUUUUAAUUUUUCAAAAAAAUAUUUUUAA